ACGCGCCAGACGCCCGAUUUGGCGAAGGCGGCUUCUGAGAUGGCCGGCGCGACGCAAACCGUCUUGGAUGCGCUGCGCGCUGGGCCCGGCGCAGAUGGCAGCGCCGUGCCAGCGGGCGGCCUCCGUCGAGCCGCGUUCAGCGACAGCGCCGCGGGGUUUGUUGAAUUUGCUCGGCAAG